AAUGAAGUGAUGUCAACAAAGGCGCAAAAUAUUAUUAUAAUCAUCUGAAUCACGCAUUUCACAUUCAUCGUUCGCGUAAAUCGCAAUGCUCUUUUGUUAAGCUUGCAUCAUGCGUCGCACUUACUGUGCAGUUUUUAUUAUAAAAUGUAUUUUAAUUAACUUUUGCUUAGGUGAGAUAAGCAUUGAGAAGAAGGAACAAAUUUUGAAUGGCUUCAUAGAUUUGUUGAACAAUCUACCCGAUCAGCUUUAUACUUAUGAAGAAGGAGUACUUUUAGAAGCGGAGAAGACGAAUGAUAACACCUACAAGGUCUGUGCGCGGCUCAAAGUCAGUGACAUCCAUAAUGUGGAUUCUGUCAAGAUAUUACGUUGCAGAGCUGAACUAGUACAGAAUGAGGAUAAUGUACUGGUCAUACAACAAGGGCAUGAUUGUGUAGAGGCGCAAGAUACUGGCACGGCGCAAGAUGUGGAGACGGGAGUUAGUGGUGAAGACCGUACAACAGAGUCUGCGGGUUAUGAUGGGCCCGUGAAGCUAUAUAAUGAAGUACAACAACCUAAUGCUGAGGUGACAUCAGGCGAGCAGUUCGUCGCGAUCCCUCGAGCCAGUCCCAGCGUGCCAUGCAUCGGUUGCGCGUCCCACGUAGACCCCACCGCAGCCGGCGUGCCCGAACUAGCCAACCUUGGCAUCCGACAUUUGGACCUCCAUGACCCGGCCAAGCAUGUGCUUAAAUCUGUCGUUGAUGUGGAGCGACAGGUUCAGGUAGUAAAUGGCGUCCGCUACAUACUCACCCUGCUUGUCGAUUAUGACAAUUGCACGGCGCCUGACGCCGUUCCCUGCCCAGUGAGUAUUCCGUGCAAAAUUUCCAUCCUUGAAAAGCCGUGGAAAAAGUUACCAGACGGUUCAAAGUACCGAGCCAUACUAGCCAACAACUGCACUGCUGAAUGGCUAUUUGGUGACGAAGGCGAGGUGCUGCCCGUUCUUGAAAAUAAUGAAAACAAUGAAAUUCACCCAGACCCCAAUGCGGAUCCUGAUGCCUUGAAAGUUAUUCAUAAUUUCGAUGCGCAAGCGCGUCCUAAUCAAGAAAAUUCUAAUGCUGACAAAGUUUUAAAAAAUGUAGAAGACCAAAUUAUUCCGUUCAGUGAAUUUGAAGCAUCUGGACACCGCAUUGAAGCAACUUCAACAGAGAAAAUAGCGCCGCCUCAAGAAACUGCCGAGCAGAUCCACGCAGACGAAAUACAAAGAAAUUAUAAUGAAAACGCGGCCGUCGAACAGCAGUUCCAAACGAGGGAAACUAACUCUUUUUUAAGCGAAGACAAGAAGAAAGCGGUUGAUGAUCUAAUGCACUAUUUCGACUUAGAUGGUUUCCAAAAACCGGAAGUUACUAGUGAUCAUCACAGAGAAAAAAGAAGUUACGAUGAACUUCAGUACGGAAAUAAACCCAAACAUAAUAAUAAAUAUAAAUUCAUUCAAAAUUUGGCUCGACAAAUGGUCGAUUACGUAAAUAAAGUAGAUAUGGCUAUAAAAAACAGAGUUUUUACAGAUGUAAUACUCGCGGAUGACGAAUUUGGAAAUAACCAGCAUUUCUUCUACAUACAAGCGUCAGUAACCGUGCCCUGCCACGGAUCUAGAUGUAACAAUAAUGAGAUCGUAAAAGAAGUUUGUAGUGGUGCUGUAGAGGCUACCGAUGAAAACGCUCCUAGGAUACUAAAUGCAUUCUGUUAUGCAGAUGAAAUCCAUUUCAGCAAAGAAAAAAUAAUUUUGUUGGCCGAUCCAGUACUAGUCGAACAAGUUCAACCUGCUUUAGAGAAAAUUGAAUCAGAAUCUCCUAAAGAUAAUGCAAUUAAGUUAGUAAAAAUUCUAGAUGCAACUACAAAAAAGAUGUCCGGGUCAUUAACAAGGAUCACCUUGUCCCUUAAAUAUACAAGUUGUAAGAAAUCGCAGGAUUUUUACACUCGAGUGAACUGUAGUAUAAUCGAAGACAUGGGCUCUAAAAUAUGUCAAGUAGAAAUACACGAAAUACACGAUAAUAUGCAAAUUAAAUAUCAGUGCAUUGAACGAAGCGCACGCCAAGAUUUCUCAGAUUCAGAGCAAGUUGAUAAGAAAACCGGAAAUGUUGAUCCGGAAAUUCGUAACAUGGUACAACAAGCUUUAAAGAGCCUGGAACAAGAAACAGACGCUAAUCGAAAACUAAAAGUAGUCGACAUAAAAUCAGUUUCGACCAAACUCAUGGCCGGUUUGUUAACUAAAAUCGUCUUUUCCGUCGGAUAUACAAAUUGUCUUAAUGAUAAGAAUGUAGACGAUAAUACUUGUGAAUUACUGCAAAAUACACCCAUUCGCGAGUGCGAAGCACAAGUAUGGGAUAGGCAAUGGCUGGCAGAUAGUAGGCAAAUAAAUGUUAAGUGCCAAAAGUAUACUGACAGACAUUCAGAUGUUGAAAAAAAAGAGAUCCCAGUGAAAAGAAAAAAACGAUCUAACUUUGUUGGCGGUGAAAUAGAGAAAAACCCUAAUAACCCUCUCUACAAACAAUUAGCUGAUGAAUCUAUAAAACAACACUUAGCAUACAAUAAUGGCCUUCAAGUCAGCGUUAAAGAGCUAAAAGUAAAACGAGUACUCGUUCAAGUUGUUGCAGGUACUCUAACUAAAAUUGAUUUCGAUGUUAUCCCUGCCGAUGGUGAAAUCUUCAGCUGUCAUUCUGAGAUUUGGGAACAGCCUUGGCUUAAAAAGAAGGAAAUUACUGUAACAUGCCCAAACAAUCAGAGAAGAAAGCGUAGUCUGAAAGGUGGAAUUAAGAACCAAGACCCUGAGGAUCCUAAGUACAGAAAAUUAGCACAAGAAUCUUUAGAAAAGUAUCGUGCGACUCUUGUUGGUGGCCAACUUAAUGUCAAAGAACUGAAAGUAACAAAAGUUGCUACACAGGUUGUUUCUGGCACCAAAACAUUUAUUGAUUUUACAGUAUUCCCUACUAACGGUGACGAAAUAAAGUGCCAUUCUGAGAUAUGGGAGCAGCUUUGGCUUAAUAAGAAAGACAUUGAUGUAAAUUGUGGUGUAAACCAAAAACAAAAUAGAGUUAAGAGAGGUUUACCUGGCGGCCACAAAGAACAAAAUACUGAAGACCCAAAAUACAGAACAUUAGCCCAAGAAUCUUUAGACAAGUAUCGUACAACUCUAGUUGGUGGUCAACUUAAUGUAAAAGAAUUGAAAGUUACAAAAGUCACCACACAGGUAGUGUCCGGUACCAAAACAUUUAUUGAUUUUACUGUAUUCCCUACUAAUGGUGACGAAAUAACAUGCCAUUCUGAGAUAUGGGAGCAGCCUUGGCUUGAUAAGAAAGAAAUUGAUGUGAAUUGUGGUUUAAAUAAACAGCAAAGAAAGAAGCGACAAAUGCCCGGCGGUGAAGUGAAUCAAGACCACGAAGACCAAAAAUAUAAGAAAUUAGCGCAGGAAUCUUUGAACCAUUACAUUCAGUCCAUCAAUGGGAAUACCGUUAACGCUAAAGAUCUAAAAGUUAAAAAAGUAGUUACUCAAGUAGUUGCUGGUUCUUUAACUAAAAUUGAUUUUGACGUAACUCCUACAGAGGGUGAAGUAUUCAGCUGCCAUUCUGAAGUUUGGGAAAGGCCGUGGCUUAAUAAGAAAGACAUCAAUGUGGAUUGUGAUUUUAAUAAACAGCAAAGUAGAGCUAAAAAAAGUAUACCUGGCGGCCAAAACGAAGUAAAUCCUGAAGACCCAAAAUACACUAAAUUAGCUCAAGAAUCUUUAGACAAGUAUCGUGCGACUCUUGUUGGUGGCCAACUUAAUGUUAAAGAACUGAAAGUAACCAAAGUUGCAACACAGGUAGUUUCUGGCCUCAAAACAUUUAUUGAUUUCACUGUGUUCCCUACUAACGGUGACGAAUUAACGUGCCAUUCUGAGAUUUGGGAACAGCGAUGGCUAAACAAGAAGGAAAUAGAUGUAAAAUGUGACUUGAAGGGCCGAGAAAAGCGUGCAAUAUUUCACGACAACCCAGAGAAAUAUAAAUAUGGAUCUCCAAAUGAACUUGGUGCCAGUGAGCCGCAGUUCAAAUUAUUAGCGGUUGAAUCUUUACAGAAGUAUGCGGAGAUGAUAAACAGCCCAGUACAUCAUGAAGUUGUCGAAGUAAAGAAGGUGAUUGUCAAGGUAGUCGCAGGGAAACUCUACGAAAUUGAUUUCACCGCAGUUCCUACUUCAUGUUCAACGUAUGAGGCUAAUCAAGAAAAUUGUAUCGCUCGAAACGACACUCUUCUGUCUUGUCAUGCACAAGUCUGGGCUCGGCCUUGGUUGAAAUCAAACGAGAUUGAUGUUAUCUGUAAAAGCAAUGAUAGAAAAGUCGAAGAUGUCAUUUUGAAAGAAGAAGACGAUGAUUAUGAAAAGAAACUAAUAUUACACCCACGGCAAGAAAAAAAAGGCAAAGAACUAAAAAUGCUUGCUCAAGAAGUACUGGAAACGUAUGAACGACAGUUUAACUCGAUCUAUAAACAUAAAAUAAAAAGUAUUGGGACCUCCUAUGAGCAAAUUAGUGAAGGUAUUUUGACCACUAUUGAAUUUUAUGCGUCACUCACGAAAUGUCUAACUGUUGAUGAAACUAACGUUGAUGACUGCCAGAUAAAGCAACCUGAAGUUGUAAUAUUGUGCAAGUCGAUUGUACGGGAGCGGACAUGGAUAUACUUUAAAGAUAUAAAAGUGUCGUGUGAGAAUGCAAAUACUACUAAGUUAGACGUACUGGAUUGGGAUGAUGAAACACCCAGCGCGAAAGAAAAUUACGCCGACAGACAUAAACGAGACGUAAUUGAAGAUGAUGACGAUAAUUACAUGGAUGAUGAAAUGAAAUACUAUUAUGCCAAUCGUGCUCUUCAACAUCUAAAUCAACGCAGUGACAGUAACUUACAGAAAUUGAUUACGAUUCAUUCUCUUGAUGUCUCCAAUCAGAUGGGCGCACGAAUGAUACGUAUGUACAUCGAAACGGCUAUGACAUUCUGUGUGCGUAAUCAACUAGAGCGUGUAGAUAUCUCAGAGUGUGACGAAAUAGAAGGUUUAGAGCACAAAUUGUGUCACGUCAGGAUAUGGCCCUCUGUCAACGAAGAUUUGAUUCUACGGCAUGUGGUAGUCGUUUGCGACGAUGAUAGUGACUUUUCUUCGGUGACUGGAUUCGAAGUAUCUAAAUUGAUAGCCGCCUCGUUGCGAAAGCUGGAGGAAUCACCAAAAAUAAAAUUCAAAUUAGUCCAUCAAGGAGAGCCAUACGUAAUGCCUGCACUCAGCACGAGAUUUCCUAUUAAAUUGAAUUUUGUUGUUUUAAGGACGAACUGCACUAAAGAUGUAGAUGUGUUUAAACAACGACACAUGUGUUUUGUAGAUUCUACUACACCAGCUACGUCAUGCGAAUCUAAGAUAUAUCUUUCUCCCAAUAGUAAGGACAUCAAAGAUAUUAAAGCUUCAUGCAACCCAACUCGCAGGGAACGAAGAGAUGUCAGCUUUAGCCCAGCUAAAUCCAAUAGCGAGGAUGCUAUCAUUGCUGAACUAGUUGAAGCGUCACUGGAAAAGCUUGAAACAUCGUCGCUGCAUAGAUAUAAGCAGAGGGUAUUGAAAAUCAAUAGCUACUCUACAAAAAUCACAAGAGGACGAGAGACCACAAUAGAUUUUGACGUCGGUUAUUCAUCUUGCUUAAAAUAUGAGUCCAUCAAGAAUAUAAGCAAUUGUGAAUUUCUCGAGUAUCUCCCAAUAAGGCAUUGCAUAUCCCAUGUAUUCGAAAGGCUGUGGGUGGAAAACGGUAGAAAUAUUGAUGUACUUUGCGAAGACGAUGAGACCCCGUUAGAGUCUCAAAUGGAAUUCGACAGCGCUGAUACGGCAAAUCAAAUUGGAAACGAAGCCUUAAAACACAUAGAAGCUAAAUAUCCUAAUGCAAAGAGGCUUCAGGUUGUUAGGAUAUUUUCUCUGAAGAAGCAAAAUAUAGCUGGAAUUCACUAUAGGUUAAAGAUGGAGGUUGGCGUUACAGAUUGUCCCGCGUUAAGUCUUAAGAAGGACUGCAAGUUAGUUGAUGGAUUCGAGAAUAACAAGUUCUGCCGAGUCAACGUGUGGAUCAGGCCUUGGACGGACCACCCUCCAAAUUUCCGCGUUAUUUGCGAUUAUCAAGAAAGCGAGACCGCUGAGGUGUAUCAUAGAAUGCAAGCUGAACACCUUUUCGCCAACUUCCUCGCAACAUACAGGCCAGAUUACAUGGACGAUUACAAAGAGAUGUCAAGAAGGUUCAAGAUAUUCAGAGCUAACGUGAGAAAGGUUCACGAGUUGAACAUUCACGAAAGAGGAUCGGCGACAUACGCAAUCACUCAGUUCUCUGACUUGACUUCUGAGGAGUUUAGCAGCAAGUAUCUGGGGCUGAAUACGAGCUUAAAGAGUGAGAACAACAUCCCCAUGAUUAAGGCGGAGAUUCCGAAGAUAGAUUUGCCACAGUCCUUCGAUUGGCGCGAUCAGGGCGCCGUCACGGAGGUCAAGGACCAGGGACAAUGCGGUAGCUGCUGGGCUUUCAGUGUUACAGGAAACGUGGAGGGUCAAUGGAAGCUAACCUCGGGCAAGUUGUUAUCCUUAUCGGAGCAGGAGCUGGUGGACUGUGACAAAACGGACCAGGGCUGCAAUGGCGGCCUGAUGGACAAUGCUUACAGAGCCAUAGAAGAACUAGGCGGGCUAGAGUUAGAGACCGACUACCCGUAUGAAGCGGCUGAUGAUAAAUGCGUGUUCAACAAGACCCUGUCGAGGGUCCAAAUCAGUGGGUCCGUCAACAUCUCCUCGAACGAGACGGAGAUGGCGCAGUGGCUGGUCGCCAACGGACCCAUUUCUAUCGGUAUAAAUGCAAACGCGAUGCAGUUCUACGUCGGUGGCGUGUCACACCCGUGGAAGGCGCUCUGUAGCCCCAAGAACCUGGACCAUGGAGUGCUGAUCGUUGGCUUCGGGAUCAAAGAAUACCCGAUCUUCAACAAACGCUUACCCUACUGGAUAGUGAAGAACUCUUGGGGCAAGUCGUGGGGCGAGCAAGGCUACUACCGUGUGUACCGCGGCGACGGCACGUGCGGCGUCAACCAGAUGGCGAGCAGCGCCGUCGUCUAACAUUUUAUACAAUAACUCUGCGGUACUGGAUAGUGAGCUCUUGGGGCAAGUCGUGGGGCGAGCAAGGCUACUACCGCGGUACCGUGUGUACCGCGGCGACGGCACGUGCGGCGUCAACCAGAUGGCGAGCAGCGCCGUCGUCUAACAUUUUAUACAAUAACUCUGCGGUACUGGAUAGUGAGCUCUUGGGGCAAGUCAUGGGGCGAGCAAGGCUACUACCGCGGUACCGUGUGUACCGCGGCGACGGCACGUGCGGCGUCAACCAGAUGGCGAGCAGCGCCGUCGUCUAACAUUUUAUACAAUAACUCUGCGGUAUUGGAUAGUGAGCUUUUGGACGAGCCAAGUUAAUUUUGCACAGAAUUUACAACGACAAAUUGAAGUAAUGCCACUAAAACGUCAUAUUUUCAUAGCAAUCUGACGUUUUUGGUGGCACUACCACAUUCUGUCACUUGCCGAGUGGGUGCAAAGUAAUACAAGUCUGAAUCUGGGUACGAAAAAAGACCGUCCCUGAUAAUAAUAGUACGUCACUUGUUUGGGCCGCGGUGCGCUAAUUAUUGUCUUCGAAUUUUGAAUAUGCUUCGAACUUGUGAGUACUCAGUGGUAUCGUACCCCUGGUUAUAUACAGGAGCUCUCUGGUAUAAAUACUUAUAAAUCUCAAGAUGACGUUCGUCAGAUUAAGUGCAUUUAAUUAUUUUCCAUCGUAUUUUCACGGAAACGUACGAACACGUCUUGUUAUUUUAGUCAGUCGCGGUACAAAAAGUACAGAGGUUGACAAGACAAAUACGAACGUUUCCGAGAAAAUAUGAUGGAAAACAAUUACCUACUACAUCUGUAGAUACCUAACAUGUUUUCUAGGAACAUUUACCUAAUGUUGCAAUAAUAUAUUUCAUUUAACAGAAAAGUAGACGUAGUACGAUAUUCUCAUUAGGAUAAGAUUAUAACUAAUGUUGAUAAGCGUGAUAUAAUAAUAAAAUAGUUUCUGUUUCUACAUCCCAAUCCCAAGUACUAUAAUAUCGUUUUAUACAAUUGUUAUAGCAAUACUUAUUGCUAGUACAGUCAACGUUACAAUUUUGACCAUUUUGCACCCUAAUUCAUUGCAAUUAGACAAAAAAAAUAUGUAGAAAGCAAUUUAAUCUAAAAAAUACAUAGACUAUUUAGCAACUUUGAUCGCUAAUCGAAAAUGUGCCUUACGUUACAAUCGUAGGAGUAAAGAAAAAUUGGGGGCCUAUCCAAAUGACAAUCGUUUACAUAAAAUGCUAAUUGGAACUUAAAUAAUGUAUGGAAAUAAUUAUUAAUUUUCAAUUGGCGUUUCUCGAUAAACGUUUGUCAUUUUGGCAACGGCCUCUGAAUCACUGACUUUGACUAUACUCUGUAUCUUUAGGUAUUUAAGUAAAAGUAAACAAAAUCUACCCUAGGGUAGAUGACAACAUUACAUGAUCAAAUAAUGUAGGUUAAAGUCAGGUCGUCCAGUAACUGAUCCAGCCGUUUUUGUAUUUGGUUGGUUAACCAAUAAAUGUUAGGUAUAACUACCCGAAAAUGUACAAAUUGUUUGUUUACUUUUAUUUAAAUACCUUAAGAUACACACUAUAAUGAUUGACCUUUUUUUUUAUAAAAUCCAAUCAUACUCAGAGUGUCAUAAAUGUUAGCUUAUUUGUUAUCGUUAAAGGUCUCUGCCCAGUAUACCGUAUCAUACCAUGACCGUGCUGUGAACGUAUCAGGCACGGAAUGUAACGCGAUACGGACUAUACUAUGCCCACUACACCGUGUCCACAUUGUUUCAUAUCCGUACAUAACGGGUUUAGUGCCCUUAGUAACCGCACAUCAUCCCCAUAGCACCCGCCUAUAAUCCCCGUAGCAUCCGCGUUUCAUCCCCUUAGUACCCGCGUUUUAUUCGCGAGAGCAAGACUCGCCAGAAAGAGCGAGCGAAUAGUUAACAGACUGGUAAGAGCGAGCAAGAAAUAUACCUAGCAACGCGUUUAUAACGGGCUUAGAACGGUCACCAUACGCGGUUAUAACCCGUAUGCUCACCGUUUCGCCGCCUGCACGCACCGUUCUGGCAACGUUGCGUCCCAUGCACGGAGCGUUUCGGCACCGGCAAGAUAUCCUCGCCGACUAUUUUUGACGGUCCGUGCAUGGCACGCGACGGGUAUGGACUCAUACUUUUUAAUACAAAGAAUAUUUUUAUGCCUGACACGUUCAUAGCACGGUCAUGGUAUGAUACGGUGUAGUGGGCAGAGACCUUAAAACACAAAUGUGUACCUUAAUGUAAGUUUGUAACCACCAACAGGCAUAAUAGAUAAAAUAGUCAAAAAGGUCCAAAAGUAAAUAAGACUUAAAAAUAUAGACAUUGUAUUUUGUUUAAUUAAGAAGUUGGCGAUUUAAAAAAAGAGCGCUUAGCACAAGGAAUUUCUCUCCUGCAUAGAAGUUUCUAUGCAAGGGUGCUAAGCGAAUAGUAGGUAUUGCUGACUGUAGAUUGACUCGCCUGCAGCGACGUAGCGUGAAGUAAUCUAGCCGUGGGCGAAGUCGCCUCUACGAAGCUCUUUUCUCUCGAUGUGCCCGAAGGGGCCUCGCGCGAGGCCCCCCUAGGGGCGCGACCGCGAGGCCGUGGGCGCCGGCCCACUUCGCCCAUGCCUAGCAACGACACUGUGAUCGCCUGUUCCUAUCUGCAUCCUGCGGUAGAGAUAGGGAGAGGUCAAUGUACGAAAUUCCUCGUGCUAAGCGUUCUUACUUUAGAAAUGUCAACCUAGUCUUCCGAAACAUAUAUCUGCUGACAGAUUUAGUGCAUAAUUAUUUUCUUUCGUAUUUUUACGGAAAUGUACCUACGGUCGUUUCUUGCUAUUUCAGUCAGUUCCGGUACAAAAAGUACUGAGGUUGACUUGACUGAAGUAGCAUGACA